ACUUGUACUACAAAGGUAUCAUUUGUGAUACGAACAGGUUGUGUUUCGAGUAUUGAAAAAAGAAUCAUUUUUAGCUCAAGAACAAUCCCUUCAACUUUAUUAGUUGAGCAACUUGGAAUCACUUUACUUCAAUUAUAUUUCAAAUGUCUCAGUGCGUGGUAUACGUUAAUUAUCCACCAGUAUCGCUUAUAGAAGAUAGGCAAGGUGUGUAUAAUAUUUUUAAUAAAUUUGGGGAAAUUAUUAAGUUAUUUUGCGAUAACGAGUACAAGAAAUUUAUUAAAAUAUACUACAAAGAUCCACUAUCCCCGUCUAUUGCUUAUGAACAAAUUAAUAAUAAACCACCACUUUUUUUGUCCUUAACUUUGAGGGAAGAUAAGUCGCCUAUAACAAAAGUAAACCGUAACCGUUUAUCAUCAAACUUUUUAAAUUCAUCAAAAUUAUUAAACGAUUCCGUACACGACUCUUGUUCGAGUACCAAUAGUAAUAUGGGUGAUGAAGAAGUCGAAGUUAGUCUUCUCCCAACUUUUUUAUAUGAUAUAUUUGGGGAUGAAAUCAGCAUUUUUAAAGACGAUAAUAAUCGCGCUUUUGUAUCAAUUGAUGAAUUGAAACGCCACAAUUUUCAACUUUUCGACGAGUCAAAACAGCCACCGCCGAUAACUGAAGAGGAUUAUCUACAAGAAUUAAAAGUUUAUCUUUCCGUGAAAGUACGCAAAUUUCAAAUGCUUCAUCGUCAACACAUUAUAACAACAUCAGCUUCAAGUUCAAUUAUAAAUGAAAUAAUCAAUGAUUAUAAAAGCUCAAAACCGCUUACUCCUGUAUCAAAACAACAAAGUCCAUCAAACUCUGUUACAAAAUUUGGAAAUAAAAACGUUCGGAAAACUAUAAAUGGAGCAUUUAAUGAUGCUAAAGAGAAUAAUUCUCCAAAUAUCGAAAAUUCAAGGAGAAAAUAUAUUGUACCGGAAAAUAUUAAUGUGGUUCCUUUGCCAUUAAAUACACCAAUUGAGGUUUCAGUUACUUAUGGGGUAAAUGAACGCCGUUGUUACGUUUAUUUAAAAUCGCGUGAAUCCGAUAUACGCACUUUAACACGAAGAGUUGAAAUUGAAGCGAAAAAAUCAUCGCCGGUAGAAAAUCCGAUAGUCGGUAAUAUUUAUGCUGCAAUUUAUGAAGGAGAAUGGCAUCGUGCUAUCGUGCAAGGAGUAAAUCCGUUAAAAGUUCAAUACAUUGAUUUUGGAAACGAUAAUGAUUUCCCAUUAAAAGAAGUUCGCCAUCUUUCUGAAGCUUUAUGUAAUUGUCCCUGGGAAGGAGUUUGUAUCAAUUUCGGGACAAAUCCGGUACCAGGAAGAUUAGAAUAUGGUUCAAUUCUGCAUAUCAUCGCUCUACGAUUUAACACUGAUCAUUCGUAUCAAGUUAAAAAAGCAUCGGAAGAAAGACACGAUUUUAAUAGAAACGUUAAUUUCGAAAGGAAUAAAGUCGAAAAAAUGAACGUUGAGACACAAUUUGUUGAAAAUAAAAAUAACAAACCUGUUGUUGAUGAGGAAAAAAAGGUUGAGAAUGUUGCUAAGAUUGAGACACCGAAUCGUUUAAAUGCUUUAAAUAUGUUAAAACAAAAAAUAGCUGGUACUUCGAAGGAAAUUUUAAAUCCACCUAGAAGUACGAUUCUUGAAAUUUACAAUUCGGGUAGUGGUUUAUUACAAUAUGUGGAUAACAUUGAAGGUAAUCAUAUCGUAUUUACCAUUCCUGCAGCCGCGGAACUAGAAUUAGAAAAACUUGAUAGUCUUUCUGAUGUGGUUUCAAAAAAUGAUAGUUUUCAAGCUAAUAUCGGAGAUACAGUAGCGGUGUAUAAAGAAGAAGAAGAUAAAUGGUAUCGAGGAACAGUAAUCGAGAAAACAAACGAUAGUUACCACAUUGCUUUAAUUGAUUAUGGUAAAAUUGAAAUUACAUCUACAGUUUAUAAACUUGAUAAAGCUAUAAGUGAUAUUGGAGAGUUUUGUUGCGUUUGUGUUGGAUCAGAAAAGUUUUUAACUGAGGCUAACAAGGGUCAUAUUAUGUUUGAAGUAGUAUCAAAAAAUCAAGUACAACUAACAUAUUCCGAUAAAUCUAAAGAAACAGUUUCGUGUACUAGAUGGGAUCCUUUUCCUAAAAACGUUGAUAAAAUAAAACCAAAAGAAAUCGAGCCGAUUUUUACGAAACCGAAACAAAUGGAAUUGAAAAAUGGGGAUUUGUGUAAACUUUCCAAUUUUAUACAAGGAAAAUUAUAUGUAAAAACGAAAGAUUGUUUGAAUUCUUAUAAGAAAAUUAUGAAUUCAAUAUCUGAAUAUAAAGCGGAUAAAUUAGAAAACCCAAAACAAUCACAAAUUGCUUUAUGUAGCUAUAAAAAUAGCAAAGAUUUAUACAGAGUAAUGAUUUUAAAUAUAAAUAAUACUCAAGUUGAAGUAGAAUAUUUCGAUUUAGGAGUUACCAAUCAAGUAAAUAUAAAUUCAUUAAAAACCAUUUCUGAAUCUCUAGCAACAAAUCCAAUUCCAAUAAUUCCAAUUACUUUAAUUGGAUACGAAACUAAUGAAUUUAACGAAGAAGAAUUUGAAAAAAUUCGAAAUAUAUCUGAAUCCACAAAAAGAUUUACCGCGAAUAUUGUUUCAAAUACUCCAUUAAUAUACGAUUUAGUGUGUGACAACGAAUCGUUAACAAAGACGUUGAAAAAAUUGCGGAAGGAUCCUGAUCGUUUUCUUUAUGAAGAUGUGCCAAAAAAUGAUUUUACUGGAAAAGUAAAUGUUUUAUGUUUCGAUCAAAGUAAUGAUAGUGCUGUAGUAUUUGUUAAUAUGGAUGAUGAAUCCUUAAAUCAAUUGACUUAUAUUACGGAAGCUUCACAAAAAUUCCAAUAUAAUGAACCUUAUGUUCCCAUUGAAGAUGAAGUUUGUUUCGCUAAUUACGAAGCCGAAUGGCACAGAGCUCGAGUUCUUGAAGCUAACCCAGACUUGGAUACAUUUAAAGUUAUUUUUAUUGAUUACGGAAAUGUAAGUACGGUUUCAUCGACGAAUAUCAGAAAAUUGAAUGAUGAUUUGAAAACAAUUCCUAAUCUGACUUUGAUUUGCAAGAUAAAUGAUUUAAAUGGAGGUACAAUAACAGUAGGAAACAAUUAUACCAUCUCAAUCUUAAACAAGGAUAAAAAUGGUACUUACACCGUUAAUAUUGUUUAAUUUCGUUUUCAAAAUAUAUUUUAAUGGAUUAAAAUUUUAGUUUUUCGACCCAAAACAUAAAAAUUAAUUAAGUUUUUUAAAAAUCUCGUAUGUUUAUUAGGUUAUCCUUUAUUGAUUAAUAAAACAAUAUUUUUAAAAUGA